AUGGAUCAAGUUUGGGAAACCAUAGUAAAAGCGACUUCUGGCCGACUCCUAGAACUGACUGCCUCGGCCAAACAAAUAAGUGUACUAAACGUAUUAAACGCAGAGGUAGUCGCGUCUAAAUUAGAAAGCGUAUUACUGAAAUUAACCAAUGAUUUAAACAAUUACUUCAAAUACGUCAAUAAUCCAUCGGCAGAUGAUAUUUCAAAUAUAUCCACGUAUCAAUUGGAAGCGGAGGAGGUCCUGAGUGAGCUCAAGGUUAAAAUAGAACAUUCUAAGGUCAAGGACACUUCAUCCACUAAAUGUAAAACUGGAAAACUUCCAGUAUUGAGUUUACCCACUUAUGAUGGCGACAUACUUAACUGGCACUCCUUUUGGGACCAGUUCAAGUCUCAAAUCGACCAGCGAGAGUUAUCAAAGGUUGAUAAAUUUCUUUAUUUGUCUGCGGCUUUAACUGGUGAGGCUAAAAACUUAGUCAAAGGCUUACAAGCUACAAACGCGAAUUAUGACAUAGCGGUUGCCACACUCAAGGAACGCUACGGUAAAGAGAGCUAUAUUAAAGACGCUCAUUAUGCAGCACUGAACAAAAUAGUACCCGCUACUGAUGUUAUAACAGAUUCUCGUAGAGUAUAUAAUGAAGUUGAACGUCAUCUUCGAGUCUUAAAUGCCUUAGGAGAAGAUAUUUCUCACAGUUUCUUUAGAACAAUAAUAUACGAAAAAUUUCCAGAAACUAUAGUCUACGAGUUGAAAAGAGUUAUAAAAGACGACUCUACAGAAGAGAUAAGGAUGCAACUUUCAAAGCUGCUAGCAGACAAGGAAGAAGUCUUUAAAACCAAACAAACUGUAACAGAUGUAGAAGGUUGUACCACAGGGACCUUACAAGUGGUAGAAAAUAUUUCCAAAAUUAAUAAAAAACCAUUUUAUAAUACCUUUAGUGAAGGCCAAAGGAAGAAAUCUCAUCGUGACUUCACAAGAAAACGAACAUUCAAGGGAGACAACCUUCAACCAGAAUAUGGAAAGAAACCUCGAAUUAGUUGCCGAUUCUGUAAUACCCCUUCACAUUACAGUGACGAAUGCACUAAGUAUGCAACGCUAAAAGAGAGAAAGCAGAGACUAGGCAGAAGGUGCUAUUUAUGCCUGAAAGAAGGACACUUUAUACACAAUUGCAGAAUGAGAUUUAGAUGUCAUCACUGUAAAGGAAAACAUCAUCGAGCGCUUUGCCCAAAACAGUUGAAGUCUGCUAUACCUAAGGCGGUAGCUGCAGGUGAGAAUACAACUUCAAGUCUUAAAAUUGUUGAUCAAAACACAAUAAACUUUAGCUCAGUAUGUUUUUAUUCUUGUUUGCAGACAGCAACUGCAGUAAUAAGGAAUAAGACUGAACGGGGUACUCCACAGUCAUGCCGCAUCUUACUAGACUGUGGAAGUCAAAGGAGCUACAUAACAUCUAAGUUAGCUCAAUCAAUCAAUUUUACACCAGAAAAUGAAGACUUGCUUAUGGUAUACACAUUUGGUUCAAAUAAACCUAAGGAGAUUAUUAGUCCUACGGCGGAAAUCUACUUGGAGACCAAACGUGGCUUACAGAAGAGGAUAAGAGUAAAUGUAGUCCCACAUAUCACUAAUGCUAUCCCGAUACUUAACUUUCCUGACAAGAUACCUGUAGAUAUAAUAGCUGAUGAUGACUCAUUGGGAGACAAAAUUAAUGUACUGAUCGGAAACAACUAUUAUUUCUCCUUUAUUAGAGGGACUCGUCAACAUAUUGGACAGAAUUUAUAUUUAAUUGAUACCGACUUUGGUUGGAUGUUAACAGGGAGUACAGAUGGGAACAUUUAUGACUAUGACAAUGCUCUUUCCAUAGUAACAUAUUGUCAAUGCCACGGACCUAGUUGUCCAUAUUUUACAGAACCCGACUUACCUCUGAGAAAUGUCGACAUGAAGUUCUUAUGGGCACUUGAAAGCAUUGGUAUAACGGACUCUCCUAAGACAACUAGGGAAGAAGAAGCGGUGAAAUUCUUCAAUGAUACCAUCAAGUAUGUAGAAGGACGGUAUGAAGUAAAGUGGCCUUGGAUUCAGUUCCCUCCAGAGAUACCAACCAAUUACAAUCUGGCUUAUGGAAGAUUGAAAAGCCUACUGAGGAGAUCUGAUAGCGAGACAUUAAUAGAAUAUGAUCGGAUACUGUCUGAACAACUUGAAGCCAAUGUCAUUGAAGUUAUAGAACCCCAAACAGUACCGAUAUAUCAGGUAAACCCACCUAUUCACUACUUACCUGGUCAUAUAGUGAAACAAGAAGGGAAAAGGGGGCGUAUUGUCUAUGACGCAUCAGCUAAAGUAAAAGAUUAUAAGAGCCUAAAUGAAUGUAUGUAUCGAGGACCAUCAAUGUUAGAAGAUCUAACCGCCCUACUUCUAAAGUUCAGAUGUGGUGAAGUGGGAAUAACAGCGGACAUAGAGAAAGCCUUUCUUCAAGUCGGUCUCCAAGAUGAAGAUAGAGAUGUCACGAGAUUCCUCUGGGUAAAAGAUCUGUCCAAAGAACCCACUGAGGACAAUAUUCUUCAUUACAGAUUUUGUAGAGUACCGUUUGGAAUCAUUUCGAGCCCGUUUCUCUUAACAGCCACAAUACGACAUCAUUUAUCACAAGAUGAAACCUUUCUUAAGAACAUUGCUGACAGAUGUUACGUUGACAACCUUGUGACAUGCGCUGAAGACUACAACAAAGCUACCACGUUAUAUGAAGAAACCAGAAAAGUCUUCAAAGAGUUGGGCAUGAAUAUUCGAGAAUGGAUGUCAAAUGAUAAACAUUUUUUGGAAACUAUUCCUGAGCCACUAAGAGCACCACAAAAAGACCGAAUAAAGGUUCUAGGCCUUAUGUGGAACGUGGAAAAGGAUAAUUUGGAACUGAAAUUAAAUGAUAACUCCUUAGAUUGCCAUGAGAAGAAGGUUACUAAAAGGGAUGUUUUACGCACAUUAGCAAGGGUUUAUGACCCAUGUGGAUUCGCUUCACCACUUAUACUACCUGCAAAAAUAUUCUUUCAACAGCUCUGCGAGAUGAAGAUUAAAUGGGAUACGAACUUGUCAACAGAGCUCAUUCAUAAAUGGUCAAAAAUAUUAGACAACCUUAAACUGACUAGAGAUAUUGAAGUACCACGACAUGUAGGAAAUGUAUCACCAAAGUCAAAGGUAAAAUAUGAACUUCAUACAUUUACAGAUGCUUCGAUGAAGGCAUAUGCUGCAGUGACAUAUCUACGUAUAGUCGGAGAGAGAGAAAAUAAGAUAGCAUUCCUUAUGUCAAAGGCCCGCAUAACACCCUUAGAGGAUCAAAAAGAUUUGAAAAUACCCCGGCUGGAACUGUUAGCUUAUUUAAUUGGUAGCAGGCUAAUGAAGUAUGUCAAAGCAAACAUAGACUUACACAUACAGAAACAAUAUUUGUGGACUGAUAGUCAGGUUGUACUCGGCUGGAUCAAAUCGAAUAAACUGCUAUCUCCGUUUAUUACUCGCCGUGUUAACGAAAUCAAGGAGAACAAAGGCUUCGAAUUUCGCUAUGUAGAUACAAAUAGAAACCCAGCCGAUUUAGCUACUCGGCCUGAGCUGUGGGAGAGUAAAAAGGGAUUAUGGUUCAAGGGGCCUGAAUUUCUGUCCAAGGAACCAGUACAUUGGCCGAGUAGUACAAUAUCUGAAGAUCGACAAGCCUUUCUUGUUGCUGGGGAGGGCCUGGAUAUCAUCAAUGAUCCAGAGAUGUCAGUGGAGGAUUGUGAAAAGGACAUACCUGAUGUUCAGCUCGAUAUGGAUCUUGAUGGUCAGAUAGCUCAAGAACAGGAACAUGCUAUCCAGGUAGAGACUGAUAUUAGUGGAGACAAGACACAUGUAACAGAAAUUAUAAAUCUACAAAAGGAACAUUUCCCAGAAGAAGUGAGUGGAAAGGAAACUCAUUUGACGCGAAACUUAGGGCUGUAUCUAGACGUAGAUGGAUUGCUUAGAAGUCGAGGACGACUGUCAAAUACUCGUUGGUCCUAUGAUAUGAAGCACCCAAUCCUUUUACCGCCCAAAUCUAGUUUCACAGAUAAGGUUAUCCGAGAGACCCACGAAGAAAACUACCAUGUGGGAGUUCCACAUACCUUGAAUAUCAUCCGUGAAAAAUACUGGAUACCACAGGGUAGGGCACAAGUACAGAGGGUACUUAAAACCUGCAAUCAAUGCAUUAAACAGGGCGGAGGACCCUACCGGCUUCCUCCUACACCGGCCUUACCAGUGGAGCGAGCGAAUUACAGUGAUCCUUAUACCUAUACAGGUCUUGAUUAUUUCGGCCCAGUAAUGGUUGCAACAAAACUAGGAAAAGAGAAACGCUGGGUAUGUUUAUAUACGUGUCUUGCUGUGAGAGCUGUUCACAUGGAGAUAGUAAAAGACUUAACAGCUGAAGAAUGUCUGCUCGCGUUGAGACGUUUCAUAGCUUCCAGAGGAAAGCCAAAGAUGGUAUUAUCGGACAAUGCACCUCAAUUCAAGCUGACUUCAGAACUUUUGACGAACUCGUAUUGCGUAAAAAACAGCAUUAAGUGGAAGUUUAUCCCUCAAUUGGCUCCAUGGCACGGGGGAGUCUACGAACGGCUCGUAGCCCUGGCCAAGCAUUGUAUGAAGCGCACAUUAGAAAAACAUUUACUGAACGAUAACCAGUUACUUACAGUGAUUAAAGAGAUCGAGGGAGUCAUUAACACAAGACCUUUGACGUACGUCGGCGCAGAUUUGGACCGUGUGCUGAGACCAGUGGACUUCUUGAGAUUAGGUAAUUGCGUGGUCCCAGAACCGAUGGAGACAGACAACGUGGGCAAGAUCACUGCCACUAAAGUAGACCUCAUUGCUAGCUGGAAAAGAGGUACCAUGAUUCUAGGGGAGUUUAAGGAUAUGUUUAUAAAGCAAUACCUGACAAGUCUGAGGGAAAAGCACAGAUAUUCCGUCAAACAGCCUAGAUCCACUUCUGAUAAAUUACCACAAGUAGGGGAUAUGGUUCAGAUUUACGACGACUCUAAGAAAAGGAUAAACUGGAAAGAGGGGAAGAUAACAACCUUGAUCAAGAGUCGAGAUGGGCAUUGUAGGGUGGCAAAGGUGAAAGUUGGUGACAUGGAGCUUACCAGAUCCAUUGGCCACCUAUACCCAUUGGAAACUGACUGCAGCGGAGAAUCUCCAGGGCCAGAAAUUCCAGUAGUCGAACGAAUGGAUCUUACGUUACCUGCAGAUCAUUCUAACAUAAGAUUAGAUAACAUACUACCUGAAAAUAGUCUUGAUCUGGAUAAUCGAUCUGAGAUGCAAGAUAACAUGGAGGUACCAAAUGAGGUACAUAGUCAAAGACAGGCCGAGGCAGUCCAGGGUACAGAAUUGUCUACGAAAGAGUCUGAAGUUACUGAUAGGCAAGAGGAAUCUGUUCAACAAGAGUUGGAGGAUACUCCACAAGAGCAGGAACAGAGAGACUUACCUGCUGAGACGAGACCAGAGCGGAUUGCAGCUCAAAGAGCCCGAGAGAAGAUUGCUGAGUGGACACGCCACUUAGCAGCUCUUCUAUAAACUUCUUUUGAUGUCGGGAGUAUCGCGGAUCACCGCGAACCUGUGGCGGUGGAAAGAAUCUUCAGGCACCAGUGAGAAAAUGAUCAUAUCGUAGCGAAGCAGAACAUAUAGACCACCAAGCGGUGACUGGACGUUCAGGUAGGACUUGGAAAUUAUAAUUAUUACCGCCAACAUGUUUACGCCAAACCUAGGUUGAUAGUAAAUUUAAAUUCUAGUAAGAACUGAUAUCCAUAAUUGAAAGACAAAGUUAUUUAUACUUUGUCCUU